AUGCGUAAAAUAGAGCGAUACAUAGCCAUCUGUAUUCCUCUGAGACACGCAGAUAUUUCGACUCCGAGAAGGGCAUUGGCCUGCAUUCUGAUCAUUUUUGCCCUCGGUUCUUUACCUCAUUUUAUUGUUCUCUUUAUUCUUGUUGCGUCAGUGCCAGUUAGCUUUUAUAAGGAACGUACGGUCUGCAGCGUCGUGAUAAUGGUUCGACACAAGUGGCAGUCCUAUCUCAUAUCCACACUGUAUCAGUUCUAUUUCUUUGUCAUGACAAUUACCAUUGCUUUCACCUUCUUGAAAAUACUUGCUACAGCGAAAGCCGCUUCUGCAGACAAUAGGAAGUCCGUAUUGAGGGGUCGCAGGACGGUGAUUCUGCAUGCUCUGCAGCUUCUCCUCUGUUUAAUUGAAAUGUGGUGUCCUUUCGUAGAAGCGGCCGUGUUUGAGAUUGACGUUGGUUUAUUUGUCAACCUGAGGUAUUUCAAUUUCAUUGCCUUCAUUUUGUCUCCAAGAUGCCUAAGUCCACUUGUUUACGGUUUGAGGGAUGAAAAGUUCUUCCUGGCUUUCAAAUAUUACACCUCUUUUGGACUAAACAAAACACUCUCCACAGUGUGCCUACAUUUUUAA